CACAUCCACACCCGUGACCACAUCCCCAUCUGCACCGCUGCUCCCAAACCCAUCCCAGUGUGCAUUCCCAGCACGGCUGGGGUCACCGCCCCGUUGUCCCCCUCCCCACAGCCGGAGGGGGCUGCUCCCGGCCAUCACAUCACCCCAGGGAAGGGAGGUGCAGGGGCAGGGGGGCAUCAGCAGGCCCAGCACACGCUGCCACCAGCCUGGUGCCACUUGUCCUGGUCACAGAGGGUGUGGGGACAGCUGCCUGUGCUGUGCGUGCCAGCAGAACCUGGCAGAGAGGAGCAGUGGACGUGCAGCUUGGAGCCACCAAACUGAUGCCUAAGCAGUUUUGCCCAUCUCCUGAGGUCGGGGUUCCAUGUUGAUCAGCAACCACAAACCAGUGGAGGAUAUUUUCGGUUAUUUGUUAGGAAAUCUCAGUAACUAACAGCGCAGGAUAAACCGCAGAGCACCAUGGCAACCCGCUCAGGGAAAUGCUAAUAACGGGGAUGUAAGGUGGGUGAUUAACCUAUCAAAAGCAGAACCCUAACAUUAACUUGGGUGCAGAUCUAUGCAGAAAAAAAUGAAGCUUUCCCACCAUGAGCAGGCAAAAAAGCAGAGCACCACAGGCAGCCACAGACCUGGCAGGGUCUCUGGGUGGGGGGAACAGAGGGUGGCACCUCUGGCUGCCCCUCUGCCCCCUGCCACUGCAUGGAGCAGCAGCGGGAUGAGGGCUGGUCAUGCUGCUCCCCUCUGCUUUGUCGGAGUGUGGCUGUGUUGUUUGGCUUGGCUUUGCCACCAGAGUUAUAAAUAAAAAUGUCUCUCCAAGAGUGCGUGACUCACGGUCCUCACCACAAGGAUAACCUCUCUGCUGGGAAACCUGAUCUGAGGAUGGAACUGCAGCAUGCAGGAAUCAAAGACAUCGCCUAAUUAAUGCACUUAAUCCAAAGGGAGAGCAGAUGAGCCCCUCACCCCACCUGGGUUGGGGGCGGGCUGCUGGAGAAUGUGUCUGAGCCCCUCUGGACGCCCGUCCUGUGUCAUCCCCAGGCUCCAGCUGCUGACAAGCCAGCCCCCAACCUGCUCCAGGGCCUGGUGGUUUCCCUCGGGCAGCAGCAGGGAGCUGUGGCAGUCGCUGACGUGGCCUCAAGCAAGCUCAGCAAUUUCUUUGCCACCCUGCAAGGGGACAGCUUGUGGGUGCUGGUGGUGCCUCAGCGUGAGGUAUCCCAGCGUGUGAGGCUGUGCCAGCCCUGUGCCUGGCACAGCACCCCCCAGGCUGGGACCCCUGCCCCGUGGGGACAGGGACGUGCUGUGCCCCAGUGCCCCAGCCCGGGGGGACCUGCUUUAUCCCGGGGGUAGGCGACGGCGGGGCGACAGCUGGCUGGAGGAUUUGCCGAGGGCAUUAUUUAACGCUGUGGGUAAAUGGAGGAACAGCAGCUAAUUCCGGAGCCCGUAAUCCUCUUCCUCCCCCGGGGACGGGGAGCGUGCCAGUCACGAACCCACCGGCGGGCCCUGGGACGAGCCCCCGCAGCUCCCCAGGCGGUGCCGCGGGCCGGAGCCACUCCCGGACCAUGGGUGAUGUGCAGAAGGGGCUGCUCUCUGUCAUCCAGAAGCUGAAGGGAUCCCCGGAGCAGGAGCUCCGCAUCGUCCUGCUGGGGCUGGACAACGCGGGCAAGACGACGCUGCUGAAGCGCCUGGCGUCCGAGGAGGUCAGCACCAUCACCCCCACACAGGGAUUCAACAUCAAGAGCGUCCAGUCCCACGGUUUGAAGCUGAAUGUUUGGGACAUCGGCGGGCAGCGCUCCAUCCGCCCCUACUGGAAGAAGUACCUGGGCAGCACAGACCUGCUGAUUUACGUCAUUGACAGUGCUGACCAGAAGCGUUUUGAGGAGACAGGGCAGGAGCUGGCAGAGCUCACGGAGGACGAGUCCCUCACGGGGGUCCCGCUGCUGGUGUUUGCCAACAAGCAGGACCUGGUGACUGCAGCGCCCGCGGCUGAAAUCGCAGAAGGGCUGAGCCUGCACACCUACCGGGACCGGGAGUGGCAGAUCCAGGCCUGCUCGGCCCUGUCUGGGGAAGGGGUGCAGGAUGGGAUGAACUGGAUUUCCAGCCAGAUCAUGAACAGGAAGAAGUGAGAGCUGCAAAGUGCCAGAUGGGACUGAGCUGCAGGUCCCUACGCCACGGCCAACCCCCCUGGUCCCUCAGCUCCCCGAGCCUCAGACUGCCACGUUCGGAUGAUUUUCCCACCCAAUCUUCACUAGUCAAUCAGCUUCCCCUCUCCCUGC